AUGAGUAUUUAUAUCGACGAUGCCUACGGAAAGCAAUCCCAAGCAUAUGCCAACUUAGCAGCGAUAGUGAUUUUGGUAUUCGAUUAUUGCAUCACAGUAGAAAACGAGGCAGCCUGGGUUUGGGGGCGUAAAUGGGAUAUAGGACGUGUUACUUUUAUGUUUGCACGGUAUUCUCCUUUUCCAGCAGUAGCUCUAACCGUCAGCUCUGCGAUGAAGGCGGCAGCUUUUGAGUGGUGCAGCGACUGGUACCAGGUUGGACAGGCAUCCAAUCCCCUACAUAUGAUCAGCAUUAUAGCAGCUGAGGGUCUGUUGUUACUACGUGUGUGGGUAUUUUGGGACUGCAGUCGUCCUCUGCUCGUUCUCCUGCUUGUGAUGGCUAUUGUGAGCCUUUCCUCCACAUCAAUUUUCGCUCUUUACAUCCAAAUUAAAACGGCGAAGAGUUUUGUCAUAGCUGCACUUAUAGCUCCUAAAGUUAUUCAUUUUGAAGGCGAAUAUGUUCGUGGAAUCGACCCAUGCCCUACGAAAGGGCCAUGGGCUUGCAACUUUACCUUGACGGUUAAGUCUGAUUCAUUCCAGAGCGACUCUCAGCUUAUCCGGUCGCUGUAUCGAGACUCGCUGCUGUAUGUGACCAUCAUGAUCUUGAUUACAAUUGGAAAUAUUGUCAACAUGGUUACGGCACCGCGAUACUUCAACGAGUAUGCCGACAGGUAUUUUCUGUCUAGGACUCAUGGAGGUUAA